AAACUUAUUAAAUAGAUCGUUGUAAAAUAAAGAAUAUAUGGAAACAUGAGUGCAGGUUUCCAAAGACUUAACGAUGACCAUGAAAUUUUGGUGAACGAAAAUUCCGGUGUGCCUCUCUCAGAACCAAGCUCGACACCAACGCAGAGGCUCCAAAGUGGCUCAACCUUUCAUGACAGAUGGCGUCUAGUGUUACGGAACCUUUUCAGUCAUCUUCAUUUUGACAUCGGAAUUAUCAUGUUUGUCAUGUUGUAUACGAGCCUCAUCAUGCUCGAGAUGAUCAUCAACUUAGAUAUGCUGAAAGUUCAUCAUUCCAGCCCUGUUCCAAGAUGGCUACAUUUAAUGAGUCUCUCCAUUUUGGUUUACUUCGUAAUCGAAGUGAUUCUCCGGAUCUACGCUUUCGGUUAUGAGAUAUUGUAUCAGAAGUUUGAGCUGUUUGAUAUCACGGUGAUUUUGACGACAUUCGUGUUCGAGAUGAUUUUUAUCCAACACGAGGACGCGUUUUCAACCACAGGGCUACUUAUUCUGAUGCGCAUGUGGAGAUUCGGAAAUAUUAUCAAUGGGCUCAUUAAAAACGUCCAGAAUGAAAAGAGCAGACAGAUAAGAACACUGCAGAAAGAAAUUGAGUCAUAUCGGAGCACAAACACUCGUUUGACCGAGAAAAACGAAAGGCUGGAGCGAAAAGUGCGUUUCUACGAGAUGGAAAUGGAAUCGAGAGGAAUCUCGGUUGAGUACGAGACCUUCGAAGAUCUCCAGGCUGAUGAAGUUGAACUGAGGUCUCCCACAUCGCCGGUGGUUAAAUCACCAACAAUUGCUGAAGGCCAAUCAAGUUCAAGGCUAGGCGAUGGUCACCUAGCGUUCCAAAUCCCAGAAGUGUAAUGCAAUUGGAUCACAGGAACUAAUUUUUAUUUUAUGUUGGUUGAUAUUUAGAACUGACUUGUAGAUAUUUCAUUGUCUUUUGAAAGAGGUUAGACAGACUUUGCAUUAAUUUGUUCUAUCAAUAGUAAAAAAAAUUUGCUGCCGUCAUAAUAUUUGUAAAAUACUACCUUUAAUUUUGUAGCUUCUCUUCAUAUCUAUUUUUUAUAAUAUUGGUGUUGUCAGUUAGUUGAUCAAUGUUUUCGUUGUCAUUCUGCUUUAAA